GGUUCGGCUGAUGUACCGCCCCUCUUCCCCAUCGCACCCAAGCUUCAAACACACACUCACUCAGUCACUCACUCCGCCACAAACCCUAGCCGCCCAUCCCCAUUCCCCCACCCGCCGCCAUGCCCACGCCGGCGCCGGCGCCGCAUUUCGUCGACGAGAUCCUGGAGGAGAUCUUCCUUCGCUUGCCCACCCCGGCCGCACUCGCCCGCGCGUCAAUCGCCUGUCCCCGUUUCCGCCGCAUCAUCACCGAGCGCUCCUUCCUCCGCCGCUUCCGCAAACGCCACCCGCCGCCGGUCCUCGGUUUCGCCGACGAAGAUGGAUUCCACCCCGCCCAGGCGCCUCACCCCUCCGCCCCGCUUGCUCGUGCCCUUGCCGACGCCGCCGAUUUCACCUACUCCUUCGUCCCCAAGCCCAGCAAGGGGCGCUGGAUACCGUGCGACGUCCGCGACGGCCGGAUUCAGUGACCUCGCGGUGUGCGAUCCACUGUCCCGGCGCCACCUGCUGCUUCCGCCCAUACCUGAGGACCUGCUGACUGCAUUCCCGGAAAAGCGUACCCUUGAAACCGUGACCAUCCUUGCUCCGAUUGGCGAUGGUGAAGAUGAGACGUCCUUCAAGGUAAUAUGCUGUGCCGACUGUGAAACCAACCUGGUCGCCUUUGUCUUCUCGUCUCUCACGGGGCAAUGGGGUAUACCUGCGUCCCCCAGCUGGAGCUCUCUCGGCACCACUUCUCGCAAGUUUUCUUGGUUAGGAUGCCGUGGCUUGUCGUGUUUCAAGUACAUGCACGGAAGCCUCUACUCUGCAUCGCCUUGGAUGGACAAGUUGCUCGUGCUAGACACGCGAACAAUGGAGUUCUCCACUAUCAACGAUGGCACUGGCUAUCAUAUGCAGCUCAGGCUUCUGCCUGGCCAGUCAGACGAAUUUCUCUCGUUAAAUGAUAUGCCACGUAGAAAGCGGCCUGGCCAGAACAGAAGCCUACCUCGCAUUGUGGGUAGAGAAGGAGCCCUUGAGAUGUUUUCUCUGGUUGGUGAUCACAGCCCAAAUGGCUCAUUUGAUCUCUAUCAUACCAGUCAGCAAAUUAACCGUGAACAUUCCGAGGAAUGGCAGCUGGAGAAUAUCAUCCCGUUGCCUGGCCAGUAUGACUAUUUCACCUUAGGCGCAGCUGAGGGAUUCUUAUUUCUUGGAGCCACUACAGAAGAUCAGAUGGACAUUGAUGAAGAUCCGGUGUGGUUGUCGAUGACUGACUGGGAUGUGGAUUAUUUUUCGCUAGAUAUCAGGACUUCUGAACUUGCAAAGGUUUGUAGGAGGAGGAGGCGAUUCUUCCAUUAUGAAGAUGUUCACUGGUACUUUGGCUUCCCUCCAUCGUUAUCAAGCCCGAGUAUAUGAAGUGGGAGGAACUGGUUUUGCUUUUGGACCAUGGAUAUGGUUAUGGAUGCCAUGCUUAUGAUGCCUUCGAGGAGAAUUGGGGAGGAUGGACAUGAUCGUGCUACAAAAUGUCUGAUAUAUGAUGGAUCUUGGUAUUAUUCCUUAGGAAUUAACCAUCAUCCACUUUGCUAUGAACGGCAUUAGACAUAUUUAAGUAGGAAAUGUUGUAAGCAAGCUGAAUUCAUCGUAUUCUAAUAUGUAAGAUCUGCAUAGUUCUUUUGUGUUGGAAGAAUGCCAGCUGCUUUUAUUA